AUGACGUACAGUGUUCUCCUCCUCGUGUAUGUGAUCCUGCAGUUCAUCGCGUUCUUUUUCGUGCUGGUGGCCACGCCCAUCGAGAUGUUUGUGGAAAGAAACCAUCAUCUUCGCAGGCGCCCACCUGAUUGCAUCACGUUGUGGGGUGUUAAACGCGGCUGCCGUUCACUUCUUUAUGAGGGGUACAUAGAUCAGGAAUUCAGGGACUGUCCUGUCGUAAUCCACCGCUUCCGCGCUGCACAGGCGUUCGCCAUCAUCUCCAUCUUCGUGUACGGCGCGGCGUUCAUCCUGGGCUCGAUAUUGCUGUACGGUUGCUCUUUCCUCCGCUGGGUCUGCCUGGCGCUGAACAUCGUUGGCAUUGCCACGUUGUGCGUUGUGUGGGCGGCCAUGGCGGUGACGUACAACACGCAAGAAGUGCGUUCCUGCCCCGCUCUUAAAAAUGAGACCACAUAUGGUGCCGGCUUUGUUCUCUUUGUGAUUGCGUGGAUACUGGAUAUCAUCAACACGGUGAUCCUGCUGCUCCCGUGCACGGUCACGGACAGUGACGAGGAUAAGCACACCAAGCGACCGGCAGCGGAAGAGUAG